AUGGCUUCCGUGUUGGCCGCCUCUUCUUCUUCUUCUUCUCCUGCAGUCUGUGAUUCCCUUGACGUUUCUGCAGAAUUUGCGCUCGAUUUUAGCGCCAAGCUUCGGAUUGAGGAACCGGAUUUGAAUAAUGGGGGUGAACAGGAGGAGUUUAGCUUUGUUUGUGGGGAUUUUUCUCAUCAGACUCUGGCUUCUGCUGAUGAGCUCUUUCACAACGGUCAGAUCCGUCCUAAGUUCCCUCUCUUUGUUGAAGAGUGCAGCGGCGCGUCUCCUCCCCGUCCGCCGUUGAAGAAACUCUUUGUAGAGCGGCGGGACGUUUCGUCAACGGCGUUGGUGGGCUCCGAAUCCGUCGAAUGGAAAAGAGCGCCGCCGGUGGGUUCGUACUGUAGGUGGUCGAACAAGAAGACGACGGAGGUUUUGAACCAGAGGUGCGAGAAGAGCAAUUCCACAGGAUUCUCGAAGCUAUGGAGACUCCGAGACUUGAAGCUCCGGAGCAACAGCGACGGGAAGGACGCUUUCGUGUUCUUGACCGCCAACAGCGGCAAGAAGCGGACUAGCUCCUCCACGACGGAGGCCGAAAAGGCCGCGAACGUUAAGAGGAGCUCCGGCGAGGGGAAAAAUGACGCCGUAAGGAAAUCGAAGAGCAAAACGGCGUCGUGGGGACCAGAGAAACAUUACGUGAUGAUCAGAACGAGGAAGGAGAGUGAUAAAAGAAGAUCAUACUUACCUUACAAGCAAGAUCUGGUAGGGUUCUUCACCAACGUGAACGGAUUCAGCAGAAAUGUUCAUCCUUUCUGA